CGGCUCCUGGGGAGGAGGAGGAGGAGGAGGAGAGGCUCGGUUUUUAUCCCUCUGACACUGGAGCGUCCGGGACGCAGAGCCCGGAAUUGGGGCGGCCGAGGCGAGCGUGGGGCCCCGGGCUAGAAUAUCCUGGAAAAAGAGGCAUGACUAUCUGCAAUGAAAUUUCCUGACAAGUUGAUACCAGAGAAGGAAAAGAAAAGAAGGAAAGCUAGUGGGCAUAAUUUUGAACAACCAGGAUUUUUAUAUUUAUUGCUUGCAACUCCAGCCUUCUGCUGUCCAUUCUUAAGUUAGCAAUAUUCUCUGAACCCUGACAAGUCAAAAAAAGUAUACUUUCCUUUUUUUUUGAGAUCGAAUCUACAAUGUCUAGGAAACAAAGCCAGAGAGAUUCAUCAGGAUUCAUUUUUGAUUUACAAUCCAACACUGUACUGGCCCAGGGAGGAACUUUUGAGAACAUGAAAGAGAAGAUAAAUGCAGUGCGUGCAAUAGUUCCUAAUAAGAGCAACAAUGAAAUCAUCCUGGUUUUGCAGCACUUUGAUAAUUGUGUGGACAAAACAGUACAAGCAUUUAUGGAAGGUAGUGCCAGUGAAGUACUCAAAGAAUGGAUAGUAACAGGCAAGAAAAAGAACAAAAAGAAGAAAAGCAAACCAAAACCUACAGCAGAAACAAGUAGCAGUGUCCCAGAUUCCAAUACAGUGGUAUCCGUUCAAGAGGAGCAGCCUGCACCCUCCUCAGAGAAAGGUGGUGUUAAUGGUUAUCAUGUUAAUGGUGCCAUCAAUGAUGUUGAGUCUGUGGACUCACUGAGUGAAGGCUUGGAGACACUUUCCACAGAUGCCAGAGAACUGGAAGAUUCUGAAUUUGCCACACCAGAUACACUGGAUAGAACAGGAUCUGUGCUGGAGAAUGGUGUCUCUGACUUUGAGCCCACAUCUUCGACUGUGCGCUCUAUUCAGAACGUUCAUCAAUCCAGGAAUGCUGUCAAAUCUCUGUCAAGAUCCACCACAGGACCUCAAUUUUCAAGUCUGGCCAUGGAGAAUGUUCCCCUGUCCUCCACCAGUAAAAAACUAGGUUCCAAUAUUGAAAAAUCUGUAAAAGACCUGCAGCGCUGCACAGUGUCCCUUGCACGGUAUCGAGUUGUAGUUAAAGAAGAAAUGGAUGCUUCCAUUAAGAAAAUGAAACAAGCAUUUGCCGAAUUGCAGAGCUGUUUAAUGGAUCGAGAAGUGGCAUUGCUAGCUGAGAUGGACAAAGUGAAAGCUGAAGCAAUGGAAAUUUUGCUCAGCCGGCAGAAGAAAGCAGAGCUUUUAAAGAAAAUGACUGAUGUGGCCGUGCGAAUGUCAGAGGAGCAAUUGGUUGAACUCAGGGCUGAUAUCAAGCACUUUGUUAGUGAACGUAAAUAUGAUGAAGAUCUGGGAAGAGUAGCUCGGUUCACCUGUGAUGUAGAAACACUAAAAAGAAGCAUUGAUUCAUUUGGACAAGUGUCUCAUCCAAAGAACAGCUAUUCAACCAGAUCCCGAUGUAGCUCAGUUGUAUCUGCAUCUUUGAGUGGACCAAGUGAUGGCUCUGCUACUUCCUCUCCCACCUGUGCCUCUGUUCCCAGCCUUACAGGUGCUAACCAGAGAAACUCUGCUCCUGGAGAGCCUCCUGCAGCCCUAGCAAACUCCAGCAACCUGCUGCACCAGGCUCAUCAAGAGAUGUUUCCAGGAAACAGACGAGGAGGACAAGGAUUUAGGCCACAAGGCCAAAAGACCAGUGACCCCACAAACCCAGGACGACAUGACAGUGUGGGUCGUUUCAGAAAUAACUCCUGGUAUUCGACUGGUUCCGGGUAUCAGAGUGCUCCCCCUCAGGCUCUAGGAAACGCUAGUGGACGGAGCCAUCCUCACUCUGCAGGGAACAGUGGAACUGGAGCCAGUGUGGAACCUAGUCCACCCAAGCCUUCAUUUAAAAAGGGGCUUCCCCAGCGCAAACCCAGGGCCUCUCAUCCUGAAGCUGUGAAGUCUUGAGGGAAAUUCCAUUUCCUCUUUUCUAUUCCAUACAGUUCAACCUGAAAAUGGGACUUUAGAAAAUGUAUACUUAGAUUUAAUAACAAAACACAGUUUAUGCAUAUAACCUUGGGUCAUUCCAAAUGCUGUUGGUUUCUUCUCUUUUUCUUAUUUUUGGAGGGGAAGCUGUUUUUACAUUGACCUUUCUUAAUGGUAUGAACUGGUUCCGGAUGGUCAUUUUCACCAGAAUCAGGGCAGCUAUUGUCAGGUUUCCCAAGGUUAAGCAAUGUUCUUCACCAUUCACCCCUCUUCAGUCUUCCAACUGCUCAAAGAGGCCUUACUCAGCAAGCCCCUCCAUUGAAGCUGUCUCAGAAGGAAGUGGGUCAGAGCUGGUCUUUUUACCUCUCCAGUCUAAAUAGAAGUCACAAAUGCCUGCCAGGUUCCCCCUCAACAACAGUUUGACCAAGUGAAACAAUGAGGGGAUUUAAUGCUAUACUGGGCUAGCCAGAAAAAAGGAAAGAAAUAUUAAUUUGUGGAAAGGAGAGAACACUAAGAAACAUUUGAGAACCUGCCUGUAUCCCAGAAUGUGCCUGAGAUUUCACCCUCAAAUCAGGGUUUCAUUCCCAUGCUUGGCACCCAUAGCUUAACCUACAGUUUCUUAAAUGCUCAAACCUUGUUUCCUGUUACUUUAGGCUGUAAACCAGUCUAAGAAAGCCUAUGGGAAAGUAGCAUAAUUAAAGUUUUUUAAGGUUUUUUUUUUUUUUAAUAUUUCCUUGUUUCAACAUUUGGAGAUUUUUGUUGUUUCCUAAAGCCUGUUCUGAACCAAAUUUAUAGUAAUAUAAUUAGUAUUAAUGUAAGAUUACUCAUCAAAAAAAAUUGCUGCAGCCAUCUUUAUAGAUAAAUAAAAGCAAAUGCAUAAAUAUUGCCAUGUUUCACAUAGCAAGUACCUUCAUUAUCUGUUUCUGUUUGGGCCUCAUGAGUAGAAGUCACUUGGACAGUUUGUUCUGUGCUUAAAUGAGGGUGUCUGAUUCCCAAGUCAUUUGUCCUCUGCUGCUUAGCUUUAGAACCAAAUUAAAAUGUGAAAGCUAGGAUGAGCAAAUGCAGCUGUUCCUCGUGGGAAAGGAUCCAUAGGAUAGGCAACGGUGGCUUUCAAAGGACGACUUCAAAGUUUAGAAAAACCACAGCUGCCAACUGCUCUCUCCUAGGCAACCAAAGGUUAUAUUGGCACCCCUCUCCCUGAUUCCCUGUCCCUUGACAGUAGUGAAUGUAACCAUAAUUGAGCUCCUGCAUGUAGCAGGUGGCAUUGGUGCCAGACACGUCCACCCCCCCAACCCCCGCAUCUGUGAUUUAAUAACAGCAGAGCUUUCCUUCCUCCAGUACGCAUUCUCCCAAGCCUUGACUGUGAGUGGCAGCAGUACAGAACGUAGCUGCCUUGGGGCUUCUCCUAGCGCUCUCUGCCAAGAUUCAAAUUGGUUGGAGAGAGGGAGAGAAAGACAACUUAUUUGGGAGAAUUUGCUCAACAACACCAUCAGCCUGCUAAGAACCAGGAAAAAGCCCUGGUUUUCUGAUUAAUUGCUGCUAACCUAUACUGUAUCCAAAAUCCAGAGACUAAAGCAACCCCGAAGGGUUAUGAAGUCUAUCCCUGUAAGCAAGACUGUAUUUAACAACCCAGACAGGGGAAGCCACACAUUUAGCAAAAAUGUCUUGAAGUUGAAAUUAA